CACUGCGAAAACAGAAAAUAAUAUAAAAUAUCAGGAACAGUAAGAGUUGAUUUUGAAGCAAAAAUGGCAUCGGCGAUUCCGUCCUCCACUGCCCAACGGAUUAAGUAUGACGUCUUCCUCAGUUUCAGAGGUACAGACACUCGAAAUAGCUUUGUAAGCCAUCUCUAUGCGGCUCUAUGCCGAGAAAGAAUCAGUACUUUCCUUGAUAUUGGGUUGAAGAGACAAGAGGAAAUAACUGCAACUAUGCAUAAAUCAAUUGAAGCAUCAAGGACUUCGAUAGUCAUAUUCUCGAAAAACUACGGAGCUUCACCUUGGUGUUUGGAUGAACUGGUGAAGAUUUUAGAAUGCAGGAAAACGAUGGGGCAAAUUGUAUUACCAGUGUUUUAUGAAGUAGAUCCGCGCGAAGUGCGGAAACAGAGUGGGGCAUUUGGGGAAGCGUUCUCUAGACAUGUAAUUGAUUUUACAGACAAGGUUUCGCGUUGGAGGACUGCUUUGGCUGAAGCUGCCAAUUAUAGCGGAUGGGUUUUAGGGGAUACUCGGCCUGAAUCAUUAGUCAUCAAUGACAUUGUGAAUUAUAUUUUGAAGAGAUUGCAUCAGCUAUCAAGUAAUCUUGAUGGUUUAAUUGGAAUGGAUUCGCAUGUUAAGCAACUGGAAACAUUGUUGUGCCUGGGAUCAUUUGAUAAUCGAACUGUAGGAAUAUGGGGGAUGGGCGGUAUCGGUAAGACAACCAUUGCUCGAGUUAUUUUUAACAAAAUGAGUGGGAGCUUUGAAAAUCGCUGCUUUUUGGGAAAUAUCAGGGAAAAAAUAGGAAAAACUGGACUUCUUAAUCUGCAAAGAGAAUUUCUUUGUGAAAUUUCAGGAGGUGAAAAUAUCAGCGCAGAUACUGUAGAUGUGAUGUCUUCUUUUAUCAUAAAGAGGCUGAGGAAUAAAAAGGUUCUUGUUGUUCUUGACGAUGUGGAUAAUUUAAUGGAUUUAAGCUCUUUAACUGGAGGGCUUAAUUUGUUUGGACCUGGAAGUAGAAUCAUUGUAACAUCAAGGGAUAAGCAGGUCCUUCAAUAUUGUGGAGUGGACAGUAUAUAUGAGGUUAAAGGAUUAAACAACCAUGAAUCGCUGCAGCUCUUUUCUCACUAUGCUUUUGAACAGAGCUUGCCAACAGAAGCUUAUUGGAAUCUGUCAAAUAGGGUCCUACAAUAUGCUAAGGGGCUUCCACUGGCUCUUAAAAUUUGUGGUUCUCAUCUAUGCACCAGGAGCAUAGAACAAUGGGAAAGUAUAUUGCAUAGAUUGGAAAGUCCUCUUAACUCAGAGGUUCAGGAGGUGCUGCAAAUAAGUUAUUAUGGACUGGAUGACCUUGAUAAGGAUAUAUUUCUUGAUAUCGCUUGUUUCUUCAGGGGUCAAGGCAUAGAUCAUGUGAAAGAAAUCCUUUAUGACUCUGGCUUUUAUGCAGAUAUUGGAAUUGCUCGUCUCAUUGGUAAGUCUCUCAUAUCUAUUUCAGAUAAAAGGCUGGAAAUGCAUAAUUUGGUGCAAGAAAUGGGUUGGGAAAUUGUUCGCCAAGAAUCCAUUUAUGAGCCAGGCAGCCGUAGCAGGUUAUGGAACCAUGAGGAAAUCUAUCAUGUAUUGACCAGUAAUAAGGGGACUGGAGCAGUGAGAGGUAUAAACCUAGAUUUGUCGAAGAUACACAAGUUGUGCCUAAGCUCUGACUCAUUCACAAGGAUGGGGAAUCUUAAGUUUCUGAAAUUCUAUACUCCCUUUUCUAAAUACUGGGAAGAUGACAGCAAAUUGUAUGCUUUGGAAGGCCUUGCUUAUCUUCCUGCUAGUCUAAGACUGCUUCAUUGGGAUAGGUAUCCACUGAACUCCCUGCCAUCAAACUUUGAACCAAGGCAGCUUGUUGAACUUAUCUUGUGCCAUAGCAAACUUGAGCUGCUUUGGGAAGGAGCUAAGUGCCUUGAGAAUUUAAAGCGAAUCAACUUAGGUCACUCCAAAUACUUGGUGAAAAUACCAGACUGUUCACUGGCCCCAAAACUUGAGCAUAUAAUCCUUGAAGGCUGUUCAUCUUUAUCUGAAGUUCACUCUUCUAUUCAACAACUGAACAAGCUUACAGUCCUUAAUUUGAAAGACUGCGUUAAACUAAAGUCUCUUUCAAUCACAAUGGAUAUGACAUCUCUCGAGAUGCUUAAUCUCUCUGGCUGCUCAAGGCUCAAGAUACUCAGGGCAAUCUCACCUAAUAUAAAAAGUUUAUUGCUGAACGGGACUGCAAUUAGAGAACUUCCCCAAUCAAUUCAGUACAUCAGCAAACUUGAUUGUUUGAAUCUCAGUAAUUGCAAAAGGCUGAAUGCACUACCUUUUGGAAUUUGUAAAUUGAAAUCCCUUAAAACCCUUAGUCUCUCUGGAUGUUCAAAGCUGGAGAAUUUUCCUGAGAUUUUGGAGCCUAUGAAGAAGCUUGAGAUUCUUAGGUUGGAUGGAACAGCUAUUAGAGAGGUACCCAAGACUAGAGAAUUGGAUAAUCUUAAAAUCUUGUCAUUUAGCGACUGUAAUUUGUAUAAAAUCCCCAGCAGUUUUUCUCGGUUAUCCUCGUUAGAGCAUUUAGACCUUCGUGGAAAUAAUUUUUCUAACAUACCUGGGGACAUCAGGCAACUGUUUCAUCUGAAAUUACUUGACAUAAGUUCCUGCAGUAAUCUCCGUUCUUUGCCAGAGCUACCAUCGCAUAUAGAAUACGUAAAUGCACAUGAUUGUACAUCACUAGAAAGUGUAUCGAUUCCAUCAAGUUUCACAGUGUCAGAGUGGAACCGUCCUAUGUUCUUGUUUACAAAUUGCUUCAAACUGAAUUUGAGUGCCUUUCUGAACAGUCAAUUUAUAGACCUUCAGGAGUCUGGUCUUCUACCUUCUGCUGGUAUUUGUUUUCCUGGAAGUAAAAUCCCAGAGCAAAUUAGUCAUCAAAGUGCAGGGUCUUUAUUGACUGUUCAGCUUCCUGUGCAUUGGUCCAACAGCCAGUUUAGGGGAUUUGCACUGGCAGCUGUUAUUGGAUUCAAGGAUUGCCUUGAUAAUCAUGGUUUUCUUGUUAAAUGCACAAUCAAAUUAAGAGCCAUGCAUGGAGACAGUAUUUCUUUGCAACAGGAAUUCAUCAUUUUUCAUGGUCAUUCUGGCCAUUGGAAUAACUCCAGAAUUUUAGGGUCUGAUCAUGUCUUCCUGAGUUAUAAUCACCGUGUCAAUUUAAUGGAAUCUCAAGGAGAUGAUUGGCAGAAUAAAAGCUGUCAUACCACAGCCUCAUUUGACUUCUAUGCUGUGGACAGUAUGGGAAGGCCGUUGUGUGGUUCUGAAGUCAGAGAAUGUGGAUUCAGUUUACAACUUGCUGAAGAAGAGAAUGUGUGUGGUCCAAGUUGUUAUUACUAUUAGAAGCUGAUUGAUGCAGUUGCCAUGAAGAGUAUGGGAAGGCCGUUGCAUGGUUGUGAAGUCGGAGAUUGUGGAUUUAGUUACCUUGCUGAAACACAAGAAUGCAUGUCGUCCAAGUUGUUAUUACUAUUAGAAGCUGAUUGGUGCAGCUGCCAUGAAGAGGUGAGGAAGGAGAAAUUAAGUGACAGAAUUGCUGCCCUUUACCGGUUAUUUUCUCCGUUUGGGAAGGAAUAGAAGCAAUACUUGUACUGGUGUAACACAAUGGACAAUGGGAUGAAAAUAUAAACUUUGUUAAUUUCAAAGUUUGUAGCAUUCUGAUUUCAAGAAUUUCAAGCUUCUAUACUUUAGUGGAUAUUAUAUUAAAGCAAAUAUAAAGCAAAAGAGAUGUGAAUGAAGUGUAAAUUGAAUAUAAAGUGAAGGACGAAUAUCCAUUACUAGAAGUACAAAAUGAUUCAGAUCUGCAA